AUGCGCCGGAGUGCGAAAGAGAGAGAGAAACAAUGUGCAUUUUGCGAUCGGAGCUUUAAUAAGGAGGAACAUCUGAAGCGGCAUGAAAGGACGCAUACAGGGGAAAGGCCAUUCAAAUGCCACAAAUGCGAAAGGCGAUAUGGCCGUAGUGAUGUGCUCGCUCGUCAUAUGCAGACCCAUCCCUUGGAAGACAUUAUCCAGGUGUCACGAUUACACAGUGCUGAAGAUAUUGCUACAGGACGUCCAUCGCGGUCGGUCGACCACAACGACGGCACAGACCAAAGAAGCCUUCAGACUGCGGCGGAUCAAUCAGGCAGGGCAAGUGGUCUCUUGAGUGACAUCCAUGUGCUACCGUCAUCAAAUGAUCCGCAGCCAUUUUAUCUCUCUUCCAACAGAUUCCCCUGUGUCUCAGCAAUCGAUCACCAACUAGGACAACCAGCAUUAUUACAACCUGUGAACGAACAGCAGGAUGCGACGGCAGCUUCAGAAUCUCAACUGCAACCACUUGAUUCUGAUAGGUCCGAGGGUCUCGCAGGAGUAUUUCCUGUGGUCUCGACUUCAUGUCCCGCCACUGCUCGGGCCAGAUUAUCCGCCAAUGUUCGAGAAGACCAGCACAGUCCGCCACCAUCGACCGAGCAUCGUGUAGGGGCCACUUCCCACCCAAUUGAUCCUUUUCUUGAAGGGAACACCCAAGAUAAUACCGAUGCGUCACCUGGCAGUUACACAAAUCGAUCCCAACCAUCGCUGAGGCCAGCAGCACGCGAUCAGGAGGUAUGGAGGUCCGAAGCCCGAGAGAUUGGAGCCGUGGAUGUUUCCACGAUGCCCGAACCGCAGCCACCUCAUCAUGGCGCAGGAUUGCGACCUGCAGAGAAUACACCCUUAGCGGUCCAGCCAGAAAGCAACUUCGACAAUAACCCAUUCCUCCUUGACGCGGACUUUUCCGCGUAUGAUUAUCUGAGCCCUGGCAUACUGGAUUAUCUGGCGUUUACAACUCCACCAUCUCCUACGGCGAAUCCUUCGCGUAGCCCCGGCUAUGCCCCUGACAAGCCAAACCUCCUAUUCUUCCCUGAGCAAGUACGAAAACUACGACAAAUGUGGCGCGGACAACAAGCAGCUCCCGGCGUUCGUAUAAUUCGGAUGCUUUGGCAAAGUGUUGUGCAGCAUCCGGCAGAUAACAUCUUCUCAAUGCCUGCAAGUCAUGUCGAUCAGACGGAAGUGAUCUCGGCGAUUUCAACUUCUUCUAGAUCCAAUAUCGACAAAGAUUGUCGAGAGCGCCUCAUGGUAUUUUGUAGGGAGCUCGAUGAGAAGAUCGAAUCCCAAGACUUGGCCGACAUGACAGAACAUUCCACUCCUCUCCAUCACAAUACUCGGCCCGAGUCUGAAAGCUUGUUUCCGGGCUUGACAGAGGACGGCUUCCCUGCCGCCGAAGUCCUCGAUGUGAGCUUAGAUAUCUACUUUCAGUGCCCUCACUUACCUUUUCUCCACAAAGCCACUUUCGACCCAAAGACAACGCCAGAGUCUUUAUUGCUUCCGACAUGCCUCAUUGGUCUUUCGUCGCUCUAUCCAGAACGUUCCAAGACGUUUGUUCUCCAUACUCAGAGGAAGCUGAUGCGCUUUUGUCGAAGCGAUCUGACGAAAAAGGCACUCGGCCGUUGUCAGCCAUGGGAGCUACUGGUGGCGAUAGCGUCUACUUUGCUGGUGAUAUACUUGGGCCUAGCGUUGCUUGAAGAUCUCGACGAGCGCCAGGCGCAUAUGCUUGCUGUUCAAAUGCUCCACAUUGCAGAAAAACAUGGCCUUUUCAUGGCAUCAGAUGGCGACAAUAUUGCCUCCCACUUGCAGACCAACCCCUCCAACAGUCACGACUCGUGGAAGGGUUGGAGCCGGGCCGAAUCGAUUAAGCGAAUGAUAUGCUGCCUUUUAUGGGUUGACAUGGGAUACACGCGUCUAAUGGGCAGUGCCGGGGUGGCCGACAUUGAUAAAGUGGAGCUUUAUUUGCCCUGCGACGCUUCACUCUUCGAAGCCAGCACGUCACACAGAUUCUUUCAGACUGCUCAACGUGGAGCGCUGUUGCUGCCACCACGAAUACAGAUUCACAACUUCCACAUCAAUCCUCCAGCUGCACUUAACCAUAUGGCCAUGGAGACCUUGCUCGUCGGACUAUAUCUGCAGACAGCAGCCAUAAGACACAGAUCGCCUAUUGCAAAUUUCAAAACUCUGGAGGCUCGCGAGUUGUUCACAAGAUCCAGUAAGGCUAAGGAGCUUGUCAAAACUGUCUCGUUGCUCCCCUCGAGGUAUGGGCACCUAUUCUGUGAGCGGCAUAGGGUGACAGCGUUGACCUGGAAUAAUCUCUGUAUUGUGCUUACGGCGGAUUUGGACCUUUUGGAAAUCGCUUCAGGUCGUGACGGCGUGGAUUCGGCCCUCAAUGCCAUUCAAGUCGUGGCUAAGUGGGCACAAACACCUAGCGCCCGCAGAGCCGCCCUACAUGCCGCCCAAAUAUUUGACAUUCUAUCGUUACACCGACUGAGCGAAUACAAUAUUGCAAGACCGGAUCUUCUCCUGUUUAACUCUGCCCUUGUCCUCAGCAUGUACCUCUUUGUGUCUCACAAUGAAGUGGUGGAUUACGAUUCCCGCGUAUUUGAGCUGCUCCAAGACGUUGACUGGACGGUCGUUGGGGUCGAAGGAAUGCGAGGGACAUCACAAACCCUCCAGUCCAGCUCCUCCAUUGAUCCUCAACGGUCUAAGGACCAAGAUUAUACUGCUUGCGAGUUUAUACGCUACGGAGUCCCUGCAGCUUUUGCCGGAGAAGUCCUCAGUGGUAAUGGGAUCGCAUUAAGAAAGAUACUACUGAACUACGCGCGCUUGUUGGACGAUCUCGGCAAAUGGCGCGAAUCGAGAUAUUCACAGCUUCUUAGGACUAUGAGUGAUUUUAUUAUUGCUCGCAACCAUUGA